UUAUUUUGUAAAGAAGGACUUUGAAACAGGAAGAAGUACUGUCAGUUCGAUUUUUUUGCAGGACAGUUUUAAGAGUUAUUUAAAAAUCCUGGUGGGUCUUUUUGGUGCUGGAGAAAAUGUCCAGUGUGAUUCCUCGUAUCGAGCAGUUGUCAUCGAGAGUGGUGCGGGUUUUGGGCUGUAACCCGGGACCCAUGACACUGCAGGGCACCAACACAUACCUGGUCGGAACUGGCAGAAGGCGAGUGUUAAUUGACGCAGGUGAGCCCGCGGUACCGGAGUAUAUUAGCAAUCUGCGCGAGGCUCUGAAGCAGCACGAGGCGUCUAUACAGCACAUCCUGAUCACACACUGGCACCAUGACCACACUGGAGGAGUACAGGAUAUACUGACACAUUUUCCCACAGAUGCAGAGCUGAAGGUCAGUAAACUCCCUCGGUCUCCUCCACAAGAAGAAGAAAUUGGAGACAAAAAGAGGAAAUUUUCAUAUCUUAGUGAUGGUGAAGUGAUAAAGACAGAGGGGGCAACACUACGGGUGUUAUUUACUCCCGGUCACACAGAUGACCACAUGUCAUUAUUGCUGGAGGAGGAGCAGGCUGUGUUUUCGGGUGACUGUAUUCUGGGAGAGGGCACGGCUGUGUUUGAGGACCUCCAUGAUUAUAUGAAGUCACUGCAGAUGUUGCUUAACAUGAAGGCCGACCUCAUAUAUCCAGGUCAUGGCCCAGUUGUGCAGGAUGCAGGAUCAAAAAUCUGUGAGUACAUAACUCACCGGAAUGCGAGAGAACAGCAGAUCUUAAAGGUUCUACAGGAGAACAGUGGAACCACGUUUACCUCCAGACAACUAGUUAAAGUGGUGUACAAGGAGACUCCCGAGCAUCUUCACAGAGCAGCAGAGGUUAACUUGGUGCACCAUUUAAAGAAACUACACAAAGAAGGAAAGAUUUGCCUGGCUGAAGGUUCGAAGGAAAAGAAGUGGAAAAGUAAUUUGUGAUUUCAUCCUCGAUUCCUCAUCUAAUAAAAACUUCCCAGUAGUCUGAGAUUGUAUGAGAUGUUUUUUUUUGUGUGUGUGAAUGUUCUAUUUUUGAUGUAACUUUUCAUUUGUUAAGCAGAUGCUUUAAUCUAAAGUAACUUAAAAGAAAAAUAAUAGAUACGUGUCAUUUUAACACAUGUUGAUCUUUUUUGGGGGGCAUGUUUCCACUAAAUGUGAUAAGUUGUCAUAAUACCCUUGUGUCCUCCUAGAUUACUCUUGAUCUUAAAUUUAACUACAUUUAAUAAAUGUAUAUGAUUAAAUAAAUAAUUAUAUUUAAAUCAA